AGGAUAGCAAUUCUCAGAAAGGUGUGGUUGGGAUGGAGAAUGCCUUGGGGAGUCCCCAUGAUGCUCUCAGGGGGUCCGCAAGGUUAAAACUACUUUUAUAUAGUCCCAAGACCUUAAAGGCCUUUUUUGCUCUCGUCCUCUCACCUGUGUACAGUGGAGUUUUCCAGAGGUUACAUGACAUGCGUUGACAUGGUAGCGCUGAAGACUAAUGGGAUGCGCACCUGUGUAUUCUUGUGUUUUAAAAUCUUCUUCGUCUUAAUUGUUAAUACAGUCAAUGUUGAUAGAUAUAACCCACAUAAAACAAAAGCUCUUUGGGGUUCUCAAUAAUUUUUAAAAGUAUAAAGGAGUCCUGAGGCCACAAAGUUUCAGAAUCGCUGGUAGUAGGAUGAAGAAACAGCCACUGCACCCCGUAGCCUUGAAGUUCCUGCGUGAUAGCAGAGCAGUGUCGUGGAUUUUCUCAUGUGGACCACGGCUGCGGGCCACAGAGAAGCUCCCAUGGUGCCGUGCCUGCCUGGGGUAUUUACCAUGGCCUCCCUGGCAAGUCGUUAUGUGCGUGCGUGUGUGCAUGUGUGUGUGUGUGUCUGUGUGUGUGUGUGAGUGAGAGAGAGAGAGAAUAUGCCCACAGCCACAGUAUCUUAUUCACUUCCUAUUUCCCCCAAGUUGCACAUAAUUAGUGCUCAGUAAAUAUUCUGGGUUAACUGACUGUUGGUAUGCCUGUUGGUGCCAGAGAGGUUUGCGAUUCCAUUUGAAAAGAUUUCCUUCACCACAGCUAGAAUUUGGCUACAAGGAUUUAAAUGAUGUCCUACUUCAGAGAGGGAAACCUCCCCAUCCAGAGCCCUCGCUCAUGUGGCCUGGCCACAGCACGAGCCCUGGAGGCAGCGCGGCCUGCGGGCACCUUUCACUUGGGCUCUGAGGGGAGUGGCGCCCCCUGGAGGUGUGCAACUCAGGAGCUCUAGGAAUCACACAGACUCGGAAUCAACCUGGCUCCUCCUCUUUCAAGCUGUGAGAUGGGCCCUUAGCUUCCCUCAGCCUCAGCGUCAUCUUCUGGAGCACAAGUAUCCCCCUAGGACCUACUCACAGAUGUGCUGUGGGGACCAGAUGAGACAUUGAGAGGAAAGCCCAGUGCCCUGAGGCAGAGAGAGCUCGCAAGGGGGUAGCUGUCAGUUUUCAGCCUUUAGCUCAUUUCCAACAAAUUUGAGGUGGUGAUAGAAUGCCACAGACAAACUGCAACACCACAUUUUUCCAACAAGUGCCACUAUCUACACGUAAGAUUUCUAUUUUUAAAAAAGUCCUGGCGUGGUCAUCUUUUCAUUCCCUCUCUCUUCAAAUACAUACGGAGCACCCACACCGAGUGGGCCCCAGACUAGAUGCCAAGGAAGCUGAGAUUCAUAGUAAGUUCUGUGCUUCCCAGAGCCUCACAGCCUGCUGAGGGAGACAGACUCUCAGAGAGACCCGCCCAGCACACGUCAGCGUGGUAAAUGCUGUAACGGCAGUAACAGCUGACUGGGGGUGAGCGUUUACUGAGUCUGGGGCAGGGCACUUUUCAUGCCUGGUAUAACUGAUCCUCACAGCAACCAUAAGAAGCAGGGGCUGUUAUUACACCCCUCCCCUCUACAGAGGAGGAAACUGAGUCACAGGUUAAGUAACUUGCCAAAAGUCCCACAGCGAAUGAAUGAUGGAGCCUGAACCUGAAGCCAGGUGGUCUGGCUCUGGGGCCGGUUCUCUUACACACAGUGUUAUAGCCCCUUUUACCCAUUGAGACCCAGUAGCUACAAGUCGGAGUCUCACGGCUUCCUCGGGGGGCCCGGGGUGGGCAGAAGCACGUGGAGUUGGGAGUCAGGAGACUGGAGCUGACCUCCUGGCUCUUCUGCUUGCCUCUGUGUGACUUCAAGCAAGUUACUUACCUUCUCUGAACCUUACUUUCUUCAUCUAAAAAGUAGGAGUGAUCAUGGGACCUAUCUUAAAACUUGUUGGGAGGAUCGUGUAAAAUACUGCAAGGCACUCUGGUGUCAUGUAUAGAGUAUAGAGUAAGGUUAGACGUAUAGAGUAAGGGAACCAGGUCCAGUCAAGGCUCUGCUGGCUGUGUGACCCUGGAGGUUAUUUACCCUCUCUGAGCCUUCGUUUCUGCCUCCAUAUAAUGGAAAUAAUAAAAGGCUUAAUAUGAGAUUUAGAAGAGACAGUAAGUAUGAAAGGGCUUUUACUGUUAAGCACAAAUGAUUGGCAAGUUACAAACAGGACAGUGCUACCACUGUCAUGAGGCUGGUCUUCAGCUGUAAGGCAAACCAAGUCCCAAGUUGCUGCUCAGGACAGGGAGACAUGGAUGACAUCAUGCUCUUGGCACGCUCCAGUCUUUAAAGGACUCUGUGCUCUAGGAUUUUGCAACUCCGUGGGGUCUCAACCAGCAGCAGCAGCAGCAGCUGCUGGCCCCUCCUCAGCAGCUGGGAGCCUGUUAGCAAUGCAGCAUCUCAGGUCCCACCCCAAGCCUCCUGAGUCAGAAUUUGGGUUUUGACAAGCUCACUGGGUAGUUCCUGUUAGCUCAAGUUGGAGAAGCACUGCUGUAGUGUGGAGAGAAAGAACGGCCACCUCACCGUAGACUUCGGCCUGAGCUGGGGAGGGUUAAUGUUUAGUUUGGCUCCCACCAAGGCGCCGGAAACAGAAGCUUCCAGAGAUUGAAGCAUAUGAACUGGUGGGACAGCAGGGCUUCCUUCCUGCCUGUGUCCUGGACGGCUGGAGGCUCCCGCCUGGGACCUGCACCGAGCCUCGAGCUGCAGCGAGGAAGGACCCCGGGCCUGUAAAGCAGAGGUCAGGCUGGGACAAAGGGAGGCCUGGGUGCCUCCGCUCAGGGCAGCCUGGGCUCAGAGCUUCCAGGGUGAGCCCGGAAGCUUCAAUCCUCAGGCCAAGGACGUAAGAGGUCUGAGUGCUGGAGCAGCUGCUCCCUGAGCUCACAGGGCUGCUCAGCCUCCUGGACCACGAGUACCUCAGCGAUACCACCCUGGAGAAGAAGAUGGCCGUGGCCUCCAUCCUGCAGAGCCUGCAGCCCCUCCCAGCAAAGGAAGUCUCCUAUCUGUACGUGAACACAGCCGACCUCCACACUGGGCCCAGCUUCGUGGAGUCCCUCUUCGAAGAAUUUGACUGUGACCUGAGCGACCUUCGGGACAUGCCAGAGGACGAUGGGGAGCCCGGCAAAGGAGCCAGCCCUGAGCCAGCCAAGAGCCCGUCUCUGAGACAUGCAGCCGACCUGCCUCCACCACUCCCCAACAGGCCUCCCCCCGAGGACUACUAUGAGGAGGCCCUUCCCCUGGGGCCGGGCAAGGCCCCCGAGUACAUCAGCUCCCACAGUGCGGUUCUUGCUGCCAAUCCCACGGACGGCUGCAGCCCGGCGCACUCCGUCGUGGAUAGCUACUACGAGGAUGCAGACAGCAGCUACCCCACGACCAGGAUGAACGGAGAGCUGAAGAACUCCUACAAUGACUCUGACGCAAUGAGCAGCUCCUACGAGUCCUACGACGAGGAGGAGGAGGAAGCGAAGGGCCCGCAGCCCAUGCACCAGUGGCCCUCGGAGGAGGCCUCCAUGCACCUGGUGAGGGACUGCAGGAUAUGUGCCUUCCUGCUGCGGAAAAAGCGCUUCGGGCAGUGGGCCAAGCAGCUGACCGUCAUCAAGGAAGACCAGCUCCUGUGUUACAAAAGCUCCAAGGACCGGCAGCCACAUCUGAGGCUGGCACUGGAUGUCUGCAACGUCGUCUACGUGCCCAAGGACAGCCGGCACAAGAGGCACGAGCUGCGCUUCUCCCAGGGGGCCACUGAGGUCUUGGUACUGGCACUGCAGAGCCGGGAGCAGGCCGAGGAGUGGCUGAAGGUCAUCCGAGAGGUGAGCAAGCCCAUCGGGGGAGCCGAGGGGGCAGACGUGCCCAGAUCCCCCGUCCUCCUGUGCAAGCUGGACCUAGACAAGAGGCUGUCCCAAGAGAAGCAGACCUCAGACUCCGACAGCCUGGGCAUGGGCGACAGCUGUUCCACCCUCGGCCGCCGGGAGGCCUGUGAACAUGGCAAAGGGAAGAAGAGCAGCCUGGCAGAGCUGAAGGGCUCAAUGAGCAGGGCUGCAGGCCGCAAGAUCACCCGUAUCAUCAGCUUCUCCAAGAAGAAGGCGCUGGCUGAGGACCUGCAGACGCCCUCCGCCGAGGAGGUUCCGUGCUGUGGUUAUCUGAACGUGCUGGUGAACCAGGGCUGGAAGGAACGCUGGUGCCGCCUGAAGUGCAACACUCUGUAUUUCCACAAGGACCGCACUGACCUGCGGACCCACAUGAAUGCCAUCGCCCUCCGUGGCUGUGAGGUGGCCCCAGGCUUUGGGCCCAGACACCCAUUUGCCUUCAGGAUUCUGCGCAACCGGCAAGAGGUGGCCAUUCUGGAGGCAAGCUGCUCAGAGGACAUGGGCCGCUGGCUCGGGCUGCUGCUGGUGGAGAUGGGCUCCAAAGUCACUCCUGAGGCACUGCACUAUGACUAUGUGGACGUGGAAACCUUGACCAGCAUCGUCAGCGCAGGCCGCAACUCCUUCCUAUAUGCAAGAUCCUGCCAGGAUCAAUGGCCUGAGCCCCGUGUCUACGAUGAUGUUCCUUAUGAAAAGAUGCAGGAUGAGGAGCCCGAGCGUCCCACUGGGGCCCAGGUGAAGCGCCAUGCUUCCUCCUGCAGUGAGAAGUCCCAUCGGGUGGACCCGCAGGUCAAGGUUAAGCGCCAUGCCUCCAGUGCCAAUCAAUACAAGUAUGGUAAGAACCGAGCUGAGGAGGAUGCCCGGAGGUACCUGGUAGAAAAAGAGAAGCUGGAGAAAGAGAAAGAGACCAUCCGGACCGAGCUGAUGGCACUGAGGCAGGAGAAGAGGGAGCUGAAGGAAGCCAUUCGGAGCGGUCCAGGCACAAAGUUAAAGGUUCUGGAGGAGGCUGUGGCCGCCCUGGAAGUUCAGUGUCGCGCGAAGGAGGAGCGCCGGAUUGACCUGGAGCUGCGGCUGGUGGCUGUGAAGGAGCGCCUGCAGCAGUCCCUGGCAGGGGGCCCGGCCCUGGGGCUCUUGGUGAGCAGCAAGAACAAGAGCAGGGAGACUGCAAAUAAACCCCAGAACAAUGCCCCAGAGCAACCUCUCCCUGUCAACUGUGUUUCUGAGCUGAGGAAGAGGAGCCCAUCUAUCGUAACCUCCAACCAAGGACGGGUACUACAGAAAGCCAAGGAAUGGGAAAUGAAGAAGACCUAGAAAGAGGAUGAGGAUUUCAUUCCAAAGGAAAUACGAGACUGUCCAUCUAAGGCAGAAAUGGUUUUUUCACAAGGAGACACCAGAAGACUGGAAGUAGCCUCUACUCUCCAGGGCACCCAAAAGACCAGCCUUUAUUGUCUGCAUGAUUACAGGGGUUAUGGGGAGGGAAGCAGUAGAAGGGAAGAGGGAAAUGGAGGGCAUCCUUAUAACUCUACAGAGGGUGGAAAAUGGGGGUGGAGGGAGAUAGAAAUCUGCACUGUCGUAAAGGUUUUGUUAAAUGUCUUUGCCUUCCCUUCUGAAGAAGAAAUGAAAGCACA